AAAAAGUAGAUCACAUUAGAAAAAAAAAAAAAAAAUUUAUUUUUUUUUAGUAUGGUUUACCUUCUACAAAUAACGUGGAUGAGACUGAUAUUUAAGAUUUAUAAAUUAGUUAAAUAAUAAAUUAUUUCUUAGUUCCAAAUAUUUUUGGGAAAGAAAAUGAGACCUGCGACAGGUAGAAAUACAAUUUACUGGGAAAGUAGUGGGGACACGUGGCGUGGACCCACAGCGGAACAUGAAUAAAAAUAGUACCCACAGCGGGACAUGAAAGUUUUAAAAAGUCACUUAGUUUCUUUUCCGAGUCCCCAAACAGAGAGAUCUUUCUACCCCGUUUAAAUUCGAGAAAGUGUAAGGAAAUUCGAAAUGGAAGCUGAAGCCAAAGCCCAAACUCAAACGGAAAACCACCACCAGCAGCAGCAGCAACACAAAUCGACCAUGAAGAAAUCAUCGUCGAAGAACUCUGACUUGUCGUCCACUCACAUGGACUCGCCGCAUUCUCCACUCCGCUUCCACACCCCGAUGCCAUCCGACUCCGGCGACCCGCACGAUACUCCACCCUACGAGUCACCGGAAAACUCUCCAGGGAAACCUCCGGAAAACUCCAUGGCUAUGGUUAUCUUCGACAAGUUCACGCGGAAUUCGCCGCUGACGUCUCCCUCGGACGGCCAGAAACCGCCGGAGAGCGCGAGCAAGAACAGAAACGCACUGGCGGUGGACUCUCCGUCUCCGGGGAUUGUUUUGAAUCGGGCGAUCAGGGAAGAGCCGCCACCUUCGGUGUCGAAGGUGGGACCGGUCGGCAGUGGGGAUGGACGGAGAUUGGGAACGGUGGCGUCGAUUCUGAAGAGGUCGAAGAGGGAGGUGAUGCUUAAGAGGGCUGCGCUAGGGUUUCGGCUGAGCGAGUUUGUGCUCUGCUUAAUUUCCUUUGCAGUUAUGGCCGCCGAUAAAACCCAGGGUUGGAGCGGCGACUCCUUCGACCGCUACAAGGAAUACAGGUAUUGUUUAUCUAUUAAUGUCAUCGCAUUUGUAUAUUCGAGUUUCCAAGUAUACGAUUUAACCUACCAUCUGGUGACCGGAAAUUAUGUGAUUCGCCACUACCUACGGCGUCAUUUUGUUUUCUUUAUGGAUCAGAUUAAGUCAACUGCUGAAACCAUUAGGAAGUGCUACAGGUGUUCAGACCAGUCAGCCCCAAGCUAAGUGAUAUUACCUCUGAAAUAUAACUUAGCUUGGGUCUGUUCUCUAUGUACUAGCAUAUCUUCUCAUAUCUUCAUCCUCAUCAGCAGCCACCCGGGUUGAUGAUUGGCAAUCGAACUGGGGGAAAGACGAGUUCACAGAGAUGGCUACUGCAUCUGUCAGUAUGGCCUUCCUAGCUUUUGCUGCUUUUGCCAUUAGUUCCCUUAUAUCUGGUUACAACCUUUGUACCCGUGAAUCCACUUAAUCUUGGAACCGGUUUCAUGUUCCUUCAA